GGGCCCGGAGCGAGGCCAGGCGGGGGCUUAGGGCCGUCGGCUGCCGGCCCGCGCCCGCCAUGAGCAGAGCGCAGCUGACGCGGACCGGGAUCCUGCGGAUGGCGCUGGGCGGCGGCGCCGGCGACCCGCUGCUGCCGGCGGAGGGCGGCGGGGACCAGCGGGCCCCCUUCCUGCUGAGGGCCCUGCGCAUCGCCGUGGUGGUUUGCCUCUACUGGUUCACCUCCAUCGCCAUGGUCUUCCUCAACAAGUACCUGCUGGACAGCCCCUCGCUGCGCCUCGACGCCCCCCUCUUCGUCACUUUCUUCCAGUGCGCCCUGACGGCCGCCCUGUGCCUGGGCCUCAGCCUGGGCUCGGCCUGCGGCCCCCCGUGCCCCGGCCUGCCCGCCCUGCGCCUCGACCCCAAGGUGUCCCGCAGCGUCCUGCCCCUCUCCGCCGUCUUCAUCGGCAUGGUCACCUCCAACAACCUCUGCCUCAAGCACGUCGGCGUGGCCUUCUACAACGUGGGGCGGUCCCUCACCACCGUCUUCAACGUGCUGCUCUCCUACCUGCUCCUCAAGCAGACCACCUCCCUCUACGCCCUCCUGGCCUGCGGAGUCAUCAUAGGUGGCUUUUGGCUGGGUGUUGACCAGGAAGGAGCAGAGGGCACUCUGUCAUGGACAGGUAUAUUCUUUGGGAUCUUAGCAAGCCUGUGUGUUUCACUCAAUGCCAUCUACACCAAGAAGGUGCUGCCUGUGGUGGAUGGUAGCAUCUGGCGCCUGACCUUCUACAACAACGUCAAUGCUUGUGUCCUCUUCUUCCCCCUCAUGAUGCUGCUGGGUGAGUUCCGCACCCUCUACCACUUUGACAAACUGGGGAGCCCCAGUUUCUGGGGCAUGAUGACCCUGGGGGGAGUAUUUGGCUUUGCCAUCGGGUAUGUGACUGGACUUCAGAUCAAGUUCACUAGCCCACUCACCCACAAUGUGUCUGGGACAGCCAAGGCCUGUGCCCAAACGGUGCUGGCUGUUAUCUACUUUGAGGAGACAAAGAGCUUCUUGUGGUGGACGAGUAACUUGAUGGUUCUGGGAGGCUCCUUCGCAUACACUUGGGUGAAAGGGCUGGAGAUGAGAAAGGUGCAAGAAGAUCCUAAUGUCAAAAGCGGUGAAAGAAAUGACACUGGUGUGUAAACAGCUCCUGCACCUCCAUUUCUGUGCCUGGGGGGAGUGUUAACCUUUGGUUCUCCAUUCCUCUUGGGGAGAAGAGCAAGGAGCAGGAAAAACUUCACCUGCAAAGUGGAUGUGGAACUGUGCCAGCAACCAGAGCCAAAGACCUGACUGGAUCGUGUUUUAUCUGAGAGAUCUCGUCCUGUAUCAGAGUUGGGAAGAGCAUGUGUUGUAGAGAACAAUCAGUUUUUUGUGAUAGUUUUUGUAAAAUGGAUGUUGCUAUUGACCAAAUCUGGGCAAUUUCUGUCUCUGGGGGGGUGGGCUCGUAGGAAAGACUGGGGUGGGAGCUGUGUGUAGCUGAGGAGCUAGAAUUAACUCAAUGAAUGCAGUCUGAAGUUAACAAAAUCAUGAACCUCCAUAUGAAAAAGGAGCAAGUAGUCAGACUGUUGGGGACAGACUCCAGUAAACUGCUCUGCUGCAAGAGGAUUGGCAACAAAGCAUUCCACAAGUGUUCUCCCUGUUGCCCUGUUCAAUGCAAAGGAUGGGAAAUUCCUUCCCUUCUGGUUCUGUAACAAGCCUUAGCAGAAGCAGUGUUUCCAAAUCUCCUUUUUGAAGAGUCAGUAUUGCAUCCUGCUGAGGUAUCUUCUGUGUUUCCUCCUGGUUCAGGGAACCACGCUAAGAACCAGGAAUGCAACUUACUCCUUCUGUACUUCUUGUCCUGUGAGGGGACAUGUUCUCUCAAGUGGCCUUUCUCAUGGAUGAGUGAGCUUGGCCUCUGCCUCUCUUGGUGACAGGCAGGAGGGGAACAGUUAACUGUGCAACACUUGCUUCUGUAGGGUGGAGAUCCUAGUUUGUGGGGUUUGGAACACUUGUCCCUUUUACCCUCUGUGUAGGGGGUGCUGAAUGUAUUUGAAGAUGGGUUUGUUAGGCUUGUUUGGGGAGACUCAAUCCGUACCUACUCUGUAUCCCCUCUGGUGCCUGCAGUUUGUCUUUGGGCUUGUUCUAUUUAAACACCUGCUAUGGCCAGCUCAGGUGGUCCUGCUCUGGCAGAGAGGUUGGACUUUGAUGAUCUUUCAAGGUUCCCUUCCAACCCUUAAGAUUCUGUGUGAAAACCAUUAGUUUUGUGCAGCUGCAGCAAUCCUUUUGUUUAAAACUUGCUGCUAAACAGUUAGCUCUGCAGAAAUCCCUUACCCUCAACCAUCUGGUCCUCUCCAAGUGCCACCUGAGGUCACUCUGCUGUGAUUUCUCACCUCAGCUGUCAGCAACAACAACACCCUGUGAUGUUGCACCAGCUUUCUAAACCACUGCCCCCUUUGAAAGGGUCAUUUGCCUAAGGAUUCAUGUGACUGCUUCAUACCCUGUGUAAGGAUCCAACGUGAUGUCCCAUGCCCUGUGUGUGAUGCCUGGCACCUUCCUCCAGAACAAAGCUCCAUUCCCACCCCUCAAUCCAUUCCCAUCACAUUUUGGGGGUUGCUCUUGCUUUGAGACCUUCAUCCCUCCAGGAGUUGGGGGGAGAGGGGGGGAACCCCCUGAAUGAUUUGCACGUGAUGACUCUGUAAAGGUGAUGAAUAAAGGCCCGAGGGGGGUGACAUUUUGGAUCAGUGCGGAGA